UUGGCAAUGGCCAAGGGUGCGACCAAGCUGCGAGAGCGCCGACAGCUCAGGCUGUCCGUGCUGCCGCCGGCGUCACCGCCGCCGUUCACGUACCAGGAACACCCGUUCGGCGGCCUGCCGUCCACGCCGACCGGUUCGGUCGGCCCGGUCGUCGAACGCCUCGCGGAGCUCGAGAAGGGGGGCGUCCUCGGCCACGGCGCGGACGGCACGGUCUACAUGGCGCGGCACCGCCGCACGGGCGCGGAGCUCGCGAUCAAGGCGCUGCGCUUGCGCGACGGCGGCGGCGCCGCGCUCCGCGAGGCCUACGUGCACCUCGGUGUGGCCGCCGCGGCGCCCGACCACGCGCAUGUCGUCCGCCUCCACGGCGUCUUCCCUAGGCCCUCCUGCGGUGAUCAGUUCCUGUGCCUCGUCCUUGAGUACGUCCCCAACGGCUCCCUCGGCGACGUGCUCCGGCGGCGCGGCCGCCUCCCGGAGCACGCCAUCGCCGGCGUCGCGCGGUGCGUGCUCCGCGGCCUGCGCCACCUGCACCGACUCGGCAUCGUGCACGGCGACGUGAAGCCGUCCAACCUCCUCGUCGGCCGCCACGGCGAGGUCAAGAUCGCCGACUUCGGCGCCAGCCGCCACGUCUCCAUGCGCGCGGCCGGCGCCGUGGGGACGCACGCGUACAUGAGCCCGGAGAGGAUGGACCCCGAAGGUUUCGGCGCGGCCUCGCCGUUGGCCGCCGUCGACUUCUCCAGCGACGUGUGGGCCCUUGGAGUGGUCCUCCUGGAAUGCCACGCGGGCAGAUUCCCACUUGUGGCGUCCGGGGAGAGGCCGGACUGGGCGGCGCUGGCGGUGGCGGUGUGCAUCGGCGACGAGCCGGAUGUGCCCGUGGCUGCGACGCCGGAGUUCACGAGCUUCGUGCGGCGGUGCCUCGAGAAGGAAUGGCGGAAGAGGGCCACCGUGGUGGAGCUUCUUGAUCAUCCCUUCGUCUCGGGGAAUCCGCCUUGCGGCGCCACCAACGAGUGGCUCGCCAACUUCCAUGGCGAACUGCCAAUCGUGCGGAAAUGA